GGUGGUCCGGUCUUCUCGGGGCCCCGGGCCCGCACUGCCAGUCCAGUGCAGUGACUCGAAGCUGAAACAGCCACCGCGCGCGCCAUACCGUGAGAACCCCACGUUUUCCCCCCGAAUUUUUCAAGUUGACACGACACACUCCCGACCGCGCAAAAUGUACCCCAUCGUCAGCUUGGCACUCCUCACCACCCUGGCCGCGUUAACGCAAGGCCAGAGGAUAACUACAAUCCAACUAGAGGGCGUUCAGUACUUCGUGAGUCGAAUGAACCCAUACUCGCCAGAACUCAACUGGUUUUUGGCCUAUCAAUACUGCAGGUCGAUAGGUCUGCAGCUGGCCUCUUUCGAGACGAAAGAAAAGGCAGACUAUUUUAUGGAGUACCUUAGGAAUGCCGGUUACAGCAAAUACGACUUCUGGACGUCGGGUAACCGGCUCGGGACAGACAUGUUCCUGUGGAUGUCGACGGGGCUCCCGUUCAACGUGACGUUCAACUACAUGAAGGGCGACCAGGAUUCGGAUCCCCUCAGCACCUCACUCACGCACGGCCCACAGCCAAUCACCAGGAAGAAGAGGGGCGACAGCGGAGCAAGCAACGGUUGCGUAGCGAUGAAAAAGCCGGAACUUGAGUGGGACACGGACGACUGCACCGCGGUGAAGGACUUCAUCUGCGAGCAGACGCGCUGCUACUACUACAACUACGGCUCAAUCCCGGUCUCCACAGCUCAGGGCCGGAGCCAAAAAAUGCGAAAAUCCAGCGUGCCACCAUUCUCAUCCUCAUCAUACGCCUCCUCGGCAGCGACAGGGACGACGCCCCCCUACUCCACCCCCCGCAAGACCCCCGUGACGACCCCCCGCCGGGAGUUCAUCUCCUCGACCUCCUCGGAGGCCUCCUCCACGACCGAGCAGGAGGAACACACCGCACGGGUCCAGCCACAGGUACAACACGAGGAGCACGCCGUCCGCAUCCAAGAGGACCCCAAACAACAACAGGUACAACACGAGGAACCGCAAGUCUCCAACGAGGCGGAGGCCCACGCUUCGGAGAUACAGCACGAGGAAGUACAACACGUGCCCAAGGUGCACGAGGAGAACCAGGAGGACUACCACUACACGACGUCGGAAUCGGGCGAGGAGUACAACACGAACGCCGAGCCGGAGCAGACGACCCCCGGCGUCUCCGAGGAGACGAACGAGCUGCAGAUCAUCCGGGAUUCCUCCCGAGGGAUGACGCACGAUAUGGGGGAGGCCUUCCCGUGGCCGUGGGCCAGGAACAUCAUGCUCGAGAAACCCAAGCCCAGGACCCUCUCCCCGGAGCUCGAAAAGUGAGAUCCCCUUCAUGAUGACGCCGGCAACUAGGACCAUAGAAUAAAUAGACAGCGUCAAAAGAAGCGAUAGCCACCGUCAUUCUUAUGACAUCGAAACGAAACUGAGUCAGUAAGUGCUCUUUGAGUCUUCGACAUGUCAACUUUCUGCAGAGGCCGAAUGAUAACGAAUACAGACGUUUUUAGGAAUUAAAGGAGAUUUGUUUACACUUAUUUACCUUUAACUCGAGGAAUCACUGUAUAGUUGCUGAAAAUUUUAGAUUUCUUUCCAAUGUUUCUUGUAGGUUAACCUCAAAUCAGGUUUCGAUAGGUACCGACCCUGGGUAGAAAAAUGUUGACAUUGGCUCUUACGGAGCUUUCGCUUCUGUUGGCGUUGUCUACGUAUUCUAUGCUAGGACACUCGGCUCGUGUUAGUGCGGUAGUGAUGGAAUAUGUUGCGUUCAAACCAAAGAGAGGGUAUGCAGUAGAGGGAAAAGCUCCGUCAUCUCAUCCGUGCUCCAAGGUCUCUUCCCAACCUCAGCGUGAGAAAAAAAAAGGUACUUCCUAAAAAAAAUGGUUCAAAAAUCACGAAAAGCGCAUGGGGAAAGUCUGCAUGGGUUUCACUCCUAACUUAACGAUCUGACUAAGAAAUGAACGUCUUUAUAAGCUUCCCGCUUCAAAUAAGAUAAAAAGGCACAGGUGAACAUUUUGUAAGAGGUGGCGUUCCAUCCAACCCUUGCGCACGAGGGUGCUGCGCAAUAUUCAACAUGGCUGACGCAAACCCGCCAAAACGCAAGUGACGAGACGGGAUUGUAUCAAUAGGCGUGAUUAAAUUUUCAUUUUCCUUGCCUUGAUAAAGACCUUGGUGCUUCCUUGCGAUGUAUGCGUGGAAGCAUCAGCCAUGUUGAAUAUUGUGUAGCAUCCUAGUGCGGCAAAGGUUGUGCGGAACGACUCCUCUUACAAAAUGUUCAUCUGUGCCGUGGUAUCGUUUUUGAAGCGGGAAGCUUAAAAAAUGCGUAUUCCUUGCGCACAUUGUGAAAAUAGGAAGGUAUUUCAGACUUUCCUGAUGCACUCAAAGUGAUUUUUCAGCCACAUUCCUUACGAAGCACUUCUUAUUUGUGGGCUAGCCGAAGUUUGCAAUAGGCUCAUUCCGAGUUCGUGCGCUAAUAAUGGUGUCGAGCUAAGUAAAAACGCAGUAUUAAUGCUUGAAUGUUCUUCUGACGUUUUUCCUUCGUAACUCACGAGAGACUGUGAGCAUGGUUUUUGUGAUGGAAUUUUUUCCAGUGAGGACUUAGAGGUCUUCGCAUUUCAUUUAUCAUGUCUCAAAUUUUGGAAAAAAAAUAUUCAAAACGUUCGGCAAAAAGAGGCCCAAAAUCAAUUUUCUCUUGGAAUUUUUUUAAAUGAUAACAAAAGAGGGUUUAUUUUCCUAAUGGUUGUGUUUGUAUCUGUUGUGCUUCAACUGCCUUAGAGUUAUAGUCUAUAAUCUAUAUCCAUGACAAAAAUGCAUUUGGAUGCAAGUGCAGUACAUGAUGAAUGGAACUUUUGAUUGUCCCCCCAUUCGAGAUAAUUUCUUUUAAAAUGAAUAAUGAUUAAGAAACAGAAGAGAGAUGAAGACGAAAUCAAAGCUACAUCCCUUCGAAUCCUGACAUAAUGACUCUGAAAACAUUGUAUUUGUGUGACUGAUGUGGUCAGUGCCUCCUUCUGGGUAGGGUGAGAGGCUGUGCAAACCUGUCGCUUGAAAAACUGUAAAUUAGCCUUUCUUUUACUUUAUUUUCUACUUUCAAUUUGAUGUAAAUAUCUAGAUUCAGAAUCACCUUUAGAAUGAGAUCGUAGUGCUUAGGAUGGUAGAAUUUGGAUUCUACAAGAAUAAUAACAAGGCUUUACAGAAGCAUCAAAAUUCCGGAGAUUUCAAACCUACAUCUGGUAUGAGAUCAUCACAAUUGAUGUAAACAUCUCAAAAUUAAGUUUCGAUCGAAAUCAAAUCAAUCCAGUUAAUAUUCAUACUAAAUAAUUGGAUAAGUUGCAACAACACAAACUAGUGAUUAAAGUGCCUUCGAGUCAUUAUGAUGUGAGUGCAUGGAAAAGCUCUUGAGAAUAAUCAUUAUUAAGAGCUUGCUUUUGACAUAAUCGAGAUGAAAAUACUUCAAGAGGACUUAGAUCAUUCAUUACUACAAAACUUUCACAAUUUCUGAAAAGAGGCUAUGAGAUGAAAAUAUUAGAUCGCCAACCUCAGGAAAGCGACUUUACAUUUAAUUUCACUCAUGGCUUCCCAACCUCAUUGUCACAUUUAUGUAUUACUUUUGACGAUUCAGCUACAAUCCAAAUGCAAUCAUCCUAAAAGACACUUUCUCUAAAAUGACGCAAACGCAGCAUUGUCGAAAGAUACUUCAGAAAUUAUGAAAUCAGCUUUAUUAAAAAAAAUAGCGGAGAUAACGAGAGAAACCAUUAUUUAGUUGAAAAUUAAGAAUACACAUGAGUUUUUUUUUUGUUUUUUUUUUUUUUUUUUUUUUUUUUUUUUU